AUGAACCUGACAGACUUUCUGAAACAGCUGAAUUCCAAGGUUGACAGUCUGUCGGCACAGCUCACACAGCUCGAGGCUCGCUUCAUGGAAGAGCAGCUGAUACGGAAGAAGUACCACAACCAGAUCCAGGACAUGAAGGGUACCAUCCGCGUGUUCUGCCGCUUCCGGCCCCUGGGCAAGAGAGAGCAGGAGAACGGGGAUGUGACGGUCCUUCACAAGGCAGACGCCUUCUCCGUAGAUUUGCAACGGGGGGCUCCCCACAACGACUCCCGUCGCUUCGAGUUUGAUGCCGUCUUUGGCAGCGACUCCUCGCAAGAGGAAGUCUUCGGAGAUUGCCGGGGCCUUAGGAAGGUUCCUACAAGCAGCGCUUGA